CAGCCUACCGCUGGUAUUUUAGUUAGUCUUGUCGAAUACAUGCUAACAUAAUGAUGCGUUUAUAUCUGUUCAUCAUUUAAUAGUGUAUCAGUGGAGAUCAAAGCUCACCGCUGAUAAUUUUUCGGUUACGAAAGCUCUUUUUCACUUAAGCUCGAAAUUUCACAGAAAAAAUUAUCAGUGAAACCCAAAUCCUUGCUUGACAAAGAUAGCUCGCUUUCGGCAGAAAUACUUUUUUUUUUUUUCUAAAAUUUUAUCUCUCUGAUGUAACUGUAUGUGCUCUAACUGCCAAAGCGUAAACUGAAUUUCAAUAUCAGAUGAACAAGACGUCCCUCGCUUCGGGCGUAUCUUUGAUUCCGCAUCCUUCAAAUGGACGGAGCAUGCAACAAAAAAUUAUUUUUAACGGACAAAUUGAAAUGGAAAAUCCAAAAGAUCUUUUUGACUUCCUGAUGAGCGGCAAGCGAGGCACGAAUCAGCAAACUGUGUCAUAGCAAAUGUAAAUUGAACAUCUGAUGCUUUGCCGUGUCGUGUACGCCGCGCCACGCUAGCACAAAUGAUAGACUGAUUGCCGUUUUCCCCGAUAACUCCUUCCUCUCGUUGCAACUCUUUCUGUCGUUGCUGCGACCAACAGAUAAAAGUCUUCGUAAUACGAUCCUAUUCACUCUACAUCGUAACAACUACACGACCGGCUUUCGACACCAACUUGUGAGCUACCGCAAGCGAAGAUUGCAGCGGAAAUAGCGUGCUCCUGACGGCGCUGGCAAAUCGCCAUUUGCAGGACACCGGCUCAAACGGCAGUUAACUGAUGCGCGAGGCAAUGGUAUCUGCUGCGCAACAACACCUAUGCAUAUGGCUAAUUGUAGUAGUUUUAUUUGGUGAGAUUGACUUAUCAAAAGAUACUAAACCACUGUUUAAUACGAAGGAGAAGUCGGACACGAAUGUGCAGGAUGGGAAGAUGAAAACACUGUCCACAGGUUUCAUCUACGAUCCAAGUUCUCGCUCGAAUCCCAAUGAAGCUGUGACGAAAAGAUUUCACUGGAGGGCUUCGGUUAAUUUUCAGGCUAAAGAGAUAAACGCGGUGGUCCGUUAUGACGUGAUAAAACAGCUGGGAGCGCAGAAGAUUGUGCUUGAUGCCAGUCUGGAUCUUAAGGUGCACUCAGUCGAAGACGUUGAUGGUAACUCACUGACGUUUGAGCGUCUGGCAACGGAUAUUUAUGGUGCGCCUCUGAGCAUUAAUCUUCCUGAAAACAUCAACAAUAUAACAAUAGUGAUCAGUUACUCUACAUCGCCUACGGCCGGCGCUCUUCAGUGGCUAGAGCCAGCGCAGACCUUGGAAAAAAAGCAGCCAUUUAUGUACUCUCAAAAUCAGCCCAUUUUCGCGAGAAGUAUGAUCCCAUGUCAGGAUACACCGCAGGUGAAGAUGACCUUCUUUGCCGAAGUGCAGGUACCUGAAAGCCUCGUAGCUCUAAUGGGCGCCAAAAGUGUCGCACCGAGACAACCUCGUCAAAAUAAAACAACAACUAAUGAACUUCAAGAAAUUAAAAAAACAAAGAUGUUUCGAUUCCGCCAGGACAUACCUGUUCCAGCGUAUUUAAUCGCAAUUGCUGUGGGUGACGUAAAGUCUCGUCGGAUCGGUCGUAUUAGCGAAGUUUGGGCAGAGAAAGGCUACCUCGAAACAGCCGUUCACGACUUCAGCGACAUUGACAAAAUGUUGGACGCCGCUGAACGCAUCGUGGGAUCAUACCGCUUUGCUAUGUAUAACAUCCUGGUGCUUCCCCCGUCAUUCCCUUAUGGAGGAAUGGAAAACCCUUGCCUCACAUUCGUAACCCCAACCCUUUUGACGGGGGACAAAUCACUUACGAACGUGAUCACGCACGAGAUUGCCCACAGCUGGUUCGGUAACCUAGUCACAACAAAAACCUAUGAGCAUUUUUGGCUCAAUGAGGGCUUUACUGUUUUUCUUGAGCGCAAGAUCCAAGGAGCUCUGUUCGGUAGUGAUGAAAGAAAAUUUUCGGCAAAAAUCGGUUACAUUAGAUUGAAGGAUAUUAUCGAGAAGCUCAGCGACUUCGACGACACUAGGCUUGUGACGAACCUCACAGGUAGGAAUCCACAUGAUAUGAUAAACCGCGUUGGGUACGAAAAAGGUCAUACUUUCUUAUGGUACCUCGAGCAGCUCGUUGGAGGCGACAAACCCAUGAACGCGUUCCUGAAAAGCUACGUCGAUCAAUUCGCGUAUAAGGCUGUUGAAUCUGAUGAAAUGAAAGACAGCUUCGUAACCUUUUUUGCCACCACAAAUAAUUUGACAUCAAUUGACUGGAACGCAUGGCUGCAUGGCCGCGGACUUCCAAGCUACGUACCCGAUUAUAGUACCAGCUUGGAAGCACAGGUGGAUCGUCUAUUAGAAAAAUGGCGUAGCAUAAAUCAUAAUAAUCUGGAACUAGUUUCGUCAAAUGAUAUCAAAAAUUUUUCGCCCCAGGAGAAAAUUGCGUUUCUCACGAAGAUGAACGCGGAAAAAAUACGUUUGACCGCGAAUCAUCUAGAAAAAAUGUCCACAGAGUAUGGUUUCGAUGUCAGCAAAAACAGUGAGAUUACUACUGCCUGGUUGGUGUUAGCCUUGCGAAAUCGUUAUGAGCCUGCCGUAGAGCCGACCAAGGGCUUUUUGCGGCGGUUCGGUCGAAUAAAGUUCAUGCUUCCGCUUCUCGAAGAGUUACUUCGUUGGCCUGAGCAGAAGAGUGCGGCGGAACAACUACUCAACGAAAUUAGGCCGCGCCAGAUGCAAGUUACUCAGCGACUCUUGGACAUGCUGUCUAUUAGGAAUUGUUCAGUACCAGAUAAAAAGGGCAAGCUAGAAAAGUUUAGUGAAAAGGACCACAUUUAAUGUAUUACACUUAUUUCAGACCACUGGUUCCGUGCUUAUCAUCAGGUCAACACAAUUGUGAUAAAUAAAUAAACGAAUUGAAUAAAUCACAACUCGCAUAUUUGCUAAAGUUGA